AUGUCUCAAAAACCAAAAUUAAACCAUUUAACUAUAGCUGACAAAGUUCAUGUGAUACAAUUGGUGGAAUCAAACCCAGCAGAAUAUCCAAAUGUAGAGGUAUGUUUAUUCAAAUGGUUUACUCAAUGUAGAGAUAAAAAUAUACCUAUAAGUAGACCACUACUAAAAGAAAAAGCAGAAUAUUUCGCAACUCAAUUUGGUUAUUCUAAUUUUAAUGCAAGUCAAGGCUGGUUAGGAAAUUGGAAAAAUCGUCAUAACAUAAUUUUUCGUAAAAUAUGUGGUGAAAGUGCUUCUGUAAAUGACUCUUUAUGUAAUGAAUGGUUAGGAAAGUUAUCAAACAUCAUAAAAGAAUAUUCUCCCGAUGAUGUAUUUAAUGUGGAUGAGACAGCAUUGUUUUUUAAAUGA